AUGGCGUACGACCGAUACGUCGCCAUCUGCCAACCCCUGCACUAUGAGAGAGUGAUGAACAGAAGAGCUUGUAUCCAAAUGGCAGCUGGUGUCUGGAUCAGUGUUUUUCUCUACUCUGCACUCCACACUGGGAACACAUUUGCAAUAACCUUCUGUGGAGGCAAUAUGGUGGAUCAGUUCUUCUGUGAAAUCCCCCAGCUCCUCAAGCUCGCCUGCUCGGACACAUACCUCAGUGAAACUGGGGCUAUUGCCUUUAGUGUGUGCUUAGCCUCAAGCUGCUUUGUUUUAAUAAUUGUGUCAUAUGUUCACAUCUUUACCAUGGUGCUGAGAAUCCCCGCUGAGCAGGGCCGGCAUAAAGCCUUCUCCACCUGCCUCCCUCACCUCACCGUGGUGUCCUUGUUCUUUUGCACUGCUAACUUUGCCUACAAUCAUCCCACCUCCAGCUCAACUUCAGGUCUGGAUCUCGUGGUGGCUGUUCUCUAUUCCGUGCUGCCAGCAGUGAUGAAUCUGAUCAUCUACAGCAUGAGGAACAAGGAGAUCAAAGCUGCAUUGAGGAAACUGAUUGCGUGGAGGUUAUUCACCAAAAAUAAACUGUCCAUGUUUUCCCUUUGA